UUCACAGCCGGGACCCGGGGACGGAAAGGACGCGCCACGCGCCUCGGCGGGUCCGGGCCCCCCAGCGCACCCCGAUGCAGCCCCCGCACCCCGCAGGCCCGAUGCCUGCAGGCGUGGCCCUCCGGUGUUCGGUGUGAAGCCCGCUCAGGCAAUUAGGCCCUGACACUGUCCUACCAUCAAAACUGCAUUAUUCCUCCCAUCCCGGCACAUCCUGGACUCGCCCGCCUCCUUGUGACGGUCUCUGCAGAGUGGAAGGCCGUGAGGGGGUGUGACCAUGCCUGGAGCGCGCCUGCCCCUUUCCCGCCGCGGCACGUUGAGAAACGCGGGACACCCGGCGCGACAGGAGAACGUAGCAGUGACGGCAGUUGCUCUCCAAGACCACAUCUCACACGGCCUUCAGCUUCGAGACCUGUCGCUCGCAGAUCACUCCAAGACAGAGGCACAACAGAAAGGAAAUGGGCCCAAGUCUCUAAAGCGAAACGCAAAAGCGGUGGUGGACUCCGGGCUUCCAAAACCCGCCCCGAGUCCCAGAGCGGAGGGUCCAGAGAGAGAGUACGUCCUGGGCCCGCGGCGGCCACCGCUGACCCUAGCGCAGAGGCUGGGCCUGCUGGACGCCCCCCCCUCGCCACUGUCGGCCGCCGAGUGGGAUGAGGCCAAGCAGAGGUCGGCGCGGCGCGGGGACUCGCUGCAGCCCUGCCCCGUGUGCCGCGAGGACUUCGAGCUCCGCCCGCAGGUGCUGCUGUCCUGCUCCCACGUGUUCCACCGGGCGUGCCUGCAGGCCGUCGAAAGGUUCACCGGUAAGAAAACGUGUCCUCUCUGCAGAAAGGACCAGUAUCAGACCCGUGUCAUCCACGACGCGGCCCGGCUCUUCCGGACAAAGUGUGCCUCCAGGAUCCAGGCCCACUGGCGUGGGCACGUGGUCAGAAAGUGGUACCAGAACCUGCGGCGCGUGGUCCCCCCUACAGACGCCGGGCUCAGGAGGAAGUUCUUUGAGGCCAAGCCAGGGCCCGCAUGCCGCCGCGCGUCUCUCGUGAGUGACCAGCACUUGCUUCACCUGACAAGAGCCUGCACUCCUGGCCACUGCACUGACCAAGAAGCUGAGAUAUGAGGCUUUAAAAGGAAAAAUAUCCGAAGACGCUCAUUCUCUGUAAAGUGGAAACUCGCGUGGAUUGUGUGUUUCCCUGGCAUGAACACUGAGCAUCCGCUGGAAAGCUGGAACCGACCCCCACCGGUGCCCGCCCGCCGCCGGCCUUCCCGUCACCAAGGGCGUCUGGCCGCGCAGUGGGGAGCAGAGGCGCGGGGCACUCGGGAAAGAUCUGAGAGGCGCGGCCGCUUGAGCGCGGGGGUGCGGCUGUGGCACUCUCGCCCCUAAGGCAAGGUGCAGCACUUGCAGGGAAAAUGCAAAACCCCUCGCUGGCCGUUCACUCCACCCAGACACGGCAGGUGUCCCAUGUGCGCGGAUCAGUUAAACAAAACGCCGUUAGAAUUAAUUUCACGUUUUUAACGCCUUACGUGGCUCCCCGGAGACUCUAAGGUUAGAGAGGAGGCUGGCGUCCCACUUCACUGGGGCAGACCCAAUCCAGAGUCACGCCUAAGACUUAUGUUCUAGAAAGUUCUAAAAACAAGUAUACCAGAAGUUUUUUCUAAGAAUAUCAUCACACGCCUCUUUGAGAAGUUUAGGGAGAGAAGCCAGAUGCAGUCUUGUCCCCAGAGCCCUUUGACAAAGGCCCCCUGCCGCCCCCUGCAAGCCCCCCUCUGUCCUCCCGGGCCCCUCACAGUGAGCCCCCCGCCCCCCACUGAGAGCCCACAUCCCUACAACUUGGCCGAGAUCCAUGAGACCGCGUCCUUCCCAGCCCACAGGAGACUGACGUUGGGGUCCGUGAUUCCACGUCACUGACCUUCUAGGAUUUCUGCUCCUCUGUUUGUUCCUGAGAAAUCAUGCAGGACUUGCGAGGACCAGGCAAUCCCUUUAAAACCUGUACAGCUGUAACCAAAUCACACCAAAAACAAUAACCAUCUGAAUUUAAAAACCCACUAAGGCUCAAGACGUUAAACUUCUAACAAAUAAUCCAGGACAUCUAGGACUCCGCCUUUUUAAGAUCGGCCGGUGGUGUGCCGAUGGCAAGGCACGCGGAGGGUGGCGAGCCCUCAUUCGGGGAACAAAAUUGGCAGAGACCAGGGAGAGUCACCAUAGGCAGCAUCUCCAAGUUAGCGCUUGUGGCCAAGCUGAGCCGAGAGGUGACGGCCUGCGGGGCUGGGCUGGGCACCCUGCAGGCAGCCGGGGGGCGCCCGUGAGCCUGUGGCGUGUGCAUUAUCCGGGCAAGUUCCAGUUUGCUGAACAGAUCUCAGCAGAUCCACCCUGCCAGGCUCCGUGGUAGCACGGGCUGCACUCAGGGGCUCGUGCUGGCAGUUGCGCGUGCUGCCAAGAGGAGGCAGUGGCAUGUCCUGCCGCAGCCCAGCUCACUCCCGAGAGCCGGGGUCGUCGGGUCAGAACGGAUCACUUCACAACGAGCUUGGGGCUGUAUUCAAGGGCAGCACUUCUGAAGCAGACUUUUCAAAAGCGUCAGCUACGGGUAAUACGCCGCCUCCCUGUCCAGCCAGCAGUGAGCCCUGACCGCGCCCCAUGAGCCGGAGGCAUCAGCUGCAUAAAAGGUUUUCAUUUCCCGCUGUCCUGAGGCCACAGGGCUUUCAGGCCCUGGUGCUGGAGCUGAGAACAGUGAGCUGCUGGCUUACAAGAAGGCGACCGUCUUGUCUCGGGCUCUUUCUGACGGUCCCGCACAGCCGUGUGGGGAGAUGCUGGCGAGGGCCGCGAGCCAGCUCCAGGCCCGAGGCCCGGCCA